AUGGCUGAAGCAUCAUUACCAGCUAAUGAUAAAUAUCAAUUGAUUACACGUAAUCUACAAGAAGUUAUUGGUGAUGAACGUUUACGAAAAAUUUUAAGUGAACGUGAUCUACGUGUUUAUUGGGGUACAGCAACAACAGGACGACCUCAUAUUGGUUAUUUUGUACCUAUGACUAAAAUAGCUGAUUUUUUACAUGCUGGUUGUGAGGUAACAAUACUUUUUGCUGAUCUUCAUGCAUUUUUGGAUAAUAUGAAAGCACCAUGGGAAUUAUUAGGUCAUCGUACAGCUUAUUAUGAACAUAUUAUUAAAUCUAUGUUAAAAUCUAUUGGUGUACCACUUGAAAAAUUAAGAUUUGUUCGAGGAACUGAUUUUCAAUUAUCUCGUGAAUAUACACUUGAUGUUUAUCGUUUAUCUUCGGUUGUAACAGAACAUGAUGCUAAAAAAGCUGGUGCAGAAGUUGUUAAACAAGUUUCCUCACCAUUUCUUAGUGGUUUACUCUAUCCAGGUUUACAAGCUCUUGAUGAAGAAUAUUUAAAAGUUGAUGCUCAAUUUGGUGGUGUUGAUCAAAGAAAAAUUUUUACAUUUGCUGAAGAAAAUUUACCAAGUCUUGGUUAUGCAAAACGAAUUCAUUUAAUGAAUCCAAUGGUUCCUGGUUUAUCUGGUGAAAAGAUGAGUGCAAGUAUUGAAGACAGUAAAAUUGAUUUACUUGAUACACCUGAACAAAUUAAAAAGAAACUUAAAAAAGCAUUUUGUGAACCAGGAAAUAUUGAAAAUAAUGGUGUACUUGCAUUUUGUAAAAGUGUUAUUUUUCCAUUACUCAAGGAUGAAAGUUUAGUACUUCCAAGAUCAGCUGAAUAUGGUGGACCAAUGACAUUUAAUAAUUAUGCUCAAUUAGAAGAAGGUUUUCUUAAACAGGAAGUACAUCCAGGUGAUCUUAAAAAUGGUGUUGGAAUAUAUCUUAAUCGAUUACUUGAUCCAAUUCGAAAAGAAUUCGAACCUGAUAAUAUGCAACAAAUAAUAUUAAAUGCUUAUCCACCACCGGUUCCAAUACAACAGAAAAAGAAAAAACCAUCUGGACAAAAAGGACAACGACCAGCUACAACAAAUGUAUCUGAAUUAGCCCAUAAUAUUGAUGAACAUCUUACCAUUGAAAAUGGCGCAAGUUCAAAACCAACAGCUGGUGAUGAAAAAUUGCACUCGACAAUAAAUCAAAAUGACAAAGUUUAA